GCAGCAGCGGCGGCGAUGUCGGUGCAGGUGGCGGUGGCCGCGCCCGCCGUGGAGCUGAAGGAGCUCGGCGGCCCCAUGGACAAGGCGGCGGGGCCGCCGUGCGAGCCCGUGGGCGCUGCCGGCGCGGGGCACGGCGUGUCCUCCGCCGCCGCCUGCCCCGUGCCGGGCGCCGAGCGGGACGCGGCCCCGGCGCCCUCCGCCGAGCGGCCUCCGGGCAGCGGCUGCCCCGGGCUGUCCUCGGCCGCCGGGCUGUCCUCGGCCGCCGCCAAGGCGCCGCAGGCUUCGGCCAUGAAGAGGAGCGACCCGCACCACCCCCAGCACCGGCACCGCGGCGACGGCGGCGGCGACAGCGGCGGCGCCGCGGCCGAGGCGCUCGUGAGCCCCGACGGCACCGUCACCGAGGCGCCGCGCACCGUCAAGAAGAUCCAGUUUGCCGACCAAAAGCAGGAGUUCAACAAGCGCCCGUCGAAGAUCGGCCGCCGCUCCCUGUCCCGCUCCAUCUCGCAGUCCUCCACUGACAGCUACAGCUCAGCUGCCUCCUACACGGACAGCUCUGACGAUGAGACCUCCCCCCGGGACAAGCAGCAGAAGAACUCCAAGGGCAGCAGCGAUUUCUGCGUCAAGAACAUCAAACAGGCGGAGUUCGGGCGCCGGGAGAUUGAGAUUGCUGAGCAGGAGAUGCCCGCGCUGAUGGCUCUGAGGAAGAGAGCUCAGGGAGAGAAGCCGCUGGCUGGGGCCAAGAUCGUGGGCUGCACACACAUCACAGCCCAGACAGCUGUGCUGAUGGAGACCCUGGGAGCGCUGGGUGCCCAGUGCCGAUGGGCCGCCUGCAACAUCUACUCCACCCUGAACGAAGUGGCUGCUGCCCUGGCUGAGAGUGGGUUCCCCGUCUUCGCCUGGAAGGGAGAGUCCGAAGAUGAUUUCUGGUGGUGCAUCGACCGCUGUGUCAACGUGGAGGGCUGGCAGCCCAACAUGAUCCUGGAUGAUGGGGGAGAUCUCACUCACUGGAUCUACAAGAAAUAUCCCAACAUGUUUAAGAAGAUCAAGGGGAUAGUGGAGGAGAGCGUGACAGGAGUCCACAGGCUGUACCAGCUGUCCAAGGCGGGAAAGCUCUGUGUCCCAGCCAUGAAUGUCAACGACUCUGUCACCAAGCAGAAGUUUGACAACCUGUACUGCUGCAGGGAGUCCAUCCUGGACGGCCUUAAGAGGACGACGGACAUGAUGUUUGGAGGGAAGCAGGUGGUGGUCUGUGGCUAUGGGGAGGUUGGGAAGGGCUGCUGUGCUGCUCUGAAGGCCAUGGGCUCCAUAGUGUACGUGACAGAGAUCGACCCCAUCUGUGCCCUGCAGGCCUGCAUGGACGGGUUCCGGCUGGUGAAGCUCAACGAGGUCAUCAGACAGGUCGACAUCGUCAUCACCUGCACAGGGAACAAGAACGUGGUGACCAGGGAGCACCUGGAUCGGAUGAAGAACAGCUGCAUCGUCUGCAACAUGGGGCACUCCAACACCGAGAUCGACGUGGCCAGCCUGCGCACACCAGAGCUCACCUGGGAGAGGGUGAGGUCCCAGGUGGACCAUGUCAUCUGGCCAGAUGGGAAGAGGAUAGUCCUGUUGGCAGAGGGCCGCCUGCUGAACCUGAGCUGCUCCACCGUCCCCACCUUCGUCCUGUCCAUCACGGCCACCACGCAGGCCCUGGCUCUGAUAGAGCUGUACAACGCUCCCGAGGGCCGCUACAAGCAGGACGUGUAUUUGCUGCCUAAAAAAAUGGACGAGUACGUGGCCAGCCUGCACCUGCCGACGUUCGACGCGCACCUGACGGAGCUGACGGACGAGCAAGCCAAGUACCUGGGGCUGAACAAGAACGGACCUUUCAAACCAAACUACUACAGAUACUGAGUAUUCCUGCUGCUGGAUCCCCGGGAACGGCGGGGAACGAGCACCCAAGUCUGUUCUCAACUACUGUACAGGAUGACCCCGCGCAAGCUUCCCACGCUCGAGCCGGGCUUGCUCCGUAGUCACCGUGUGUUUUAGGUUAUUUAUUUAUUAAAUUAGGAUACCGUUCA